CUGUAAAAAGAUUCCUCUCUUUUUAUCAUCUCUCUCUCUCUCCCUUCGUUCUUAUCCAGCUCUGCACCACCAUCGCAAUCUCCAUAAGCUCUCUCUGUCUCUCUCAGAUCCAAACUACAUGAAAUUCGGGAAAGAGUUUCGUACUCACCUCGAAGAGACUUUGCCAGAGUGGAGAGACAAGUUCCUUUGCUAUAAGCCUUUGAAAAAGCUUCUCAAAUAUUACCCCGAUCUCCCUCCCUCUGAUUCCCAUCUCCUCGAUUCUUCUUCCCGCCCCGUCUUUGCUGAUACUACUAACAUCUCUUCCGCUGACCACGACCACGACGAAGACGACGACGUUCUGGUUCUUCCCGCCGGCGUCGUCAGGCCUACCGAGGAUCUCCAGGGCUCGUUUGUCAGGAUUCUCAACGAGGAGCUUGAGAAAUUUAAUGAUUUUUACGUCGAUAAGGAAGAAGAUUUCGUUAUCAGAUUACAGGAGCUCAAGGAAAGAAUCGAGCUAGUUAAGGAGAAGAACAGUAGGAAUGGGGACUUCGCUUCAGAAAGCGAGUUUAGUGAAGAAAUGAUGGGUAUUCGCAGAGACCUUGUCACCAUUCAUGGCGAGAUGGUCCUCUUAAAAAACUACAGCUCUCUUAAUUUUGCAGGACUCGUCAAAAUUUUGAAGAAGUAUGAUAAAAGAACAGGUGGACUUCUACGUUUGCCUUUCACACAGUUUGUUCUCCAUCAACCCUUCUUUACUACAGAGCCACUUACUAGGUUAGUCCGUGAAUGUGAGGCCAAUCUUGAGCUUCUCUUUCCCUCUGAAGCAGAAGUUGUUGAGUCCUCCAGCACAGCGCAAGCACAAUCAAGCUCACAUCAGAAUCAAUCCCCAAGAAUCUCUGCCGAGACUUCCUCAACCCUCGGCGAUGAAAAUCUUGAUAUCUAUAAGAGUACACUCGCUGCUAUGAGAGCUAUCAAAGGUUUACAAAAGGCUAGCUCCACUUACAACCCCUUAUCAUUCUCAUCGCUUCUUCAGAACGAGGAUGAUGAGACGGUAACAGCUGAAAACUCUCCGAACUCUGGGAACAAAGGUGAUUCAGAUAAGGAAGACACUGGACCUUCCCGCUGAUCAGCAGUGGUCACAAUAGAAUAAUGCUCCUUUUUGGGUCAUGAUUUUGAGAUUUUUUUGCUACUUGAUACCACCCUAACUUUUUCAUAAAUUAACACAUUUUUACGUCUUCACCUUUGCAGAGCAAAGCUUCUGUUUGAAUUUGAAUUGUAGUACAGUCGUUUUAUAGAUUUUCUAAGAAAAAUUUCUUCAUUGCUCAA